CGCGCGCAAUUUUUAUAUUACUAUUGCGACUGUUCCGUAAUCUUGAGUUGGUUUGUUUUAUUUGUAAAUUUAGAAUAAAAACUGAUGGUUUAGCGUUACUGUGGUUCGUUACGUUACUAUUAAGUAAAGGAAUGUCUCUAUUUAUAUCCAACCGGUACUAGUAUACCAACUUUGAAGUGUGUCAAUUUGUAAAAUGUAUGUGCAAGUGGUAACGAUUGACUCCAAUAAAAAGACUGUACUUAAUGCUUCGAAGCUGACAAAAAUAAUUGACCUAAAGAAGGAUGUCGAAGAAGAGUUUGGAAUUGAGACACGUGAGCAGGCACUCUUUUUUCGUGGAAAACAUCUAGAGGAUGACUGUACCCUUUACGAUUAUAGCAUCAACUUGAACAACGUUAUACAGGUCAUGGUCAAAUCAGAGCAAAAAUCGACAAACAGUAAAGAAAACAAGAAAAGAGAUACGUUAGUGAAAAACACAAAAGAUAAAAAUCAAGAGAAAGAUAAAGAGACAGAAAUUGAUGCUGUUAGCCAAUAUUAUAAAAUAGGAGAUGCAGUUGAUUGUACCGACAAUGCUCAUGGAGCUUGGUACGAGGCAAUUAUUCUGCGAAUAUUUUUUAAUGCUGGAAAAUUGUUUUACAAAAUCCGAUGGGAUUUGACAGAUUCUAAUGACGAGCCGUUUAAUGUAGAAGAAAAGUUUUUAAGACCUAGGGCUUGGAAAGUUUUAAAUUUUGAUGAGUUAGAAAUUGGUCAAAGAGUUAUGUUAAAUUACAAUUUAGAAAAUGCAAAAGAAAUUGGAUACUGGUAUGAUUUUACGAUAAAAAAAAUAGAAUGCACUCAAAGUAUAAACAAAUUAACUGGUACGAUUCAUGUGGGAAAUCAAAGCAAUAUUUAUAAUAAUAUUGAUAACUGCACUACUAAUACAUCUCUUGGAGUCUACAGAAUAGAAAAGCCAGUCCUGCUGACUGAAAGAGAUGACACUUUAACGACAUUGCGCAUACCUAAGUCUCGUAGAGAAAUACCGGUGAAAUGUAAAAGCUGCCAAGAUAACCCGCGUAAGAAGUGUAGAGAGUGUAGUUGUAGAGUUUGCGCUGAGAAGAAGGACCCUCAUCUUACCUUACUUUGCGAUGAAUGUGAUGAUGCUUAUCAUUUAAGUUGCUUAAAACCUCCGUUGACUGAAAUUCCUAAAGAUGAUGAUUGGUAUUGUCCAAAUUGUAAGGUGAAUGCAAAUGAGAUUGUAAGAAUUGGUCAAAAAGUAAUGGCAAAAAAGGUGAGUGGUAUUGCUGUUGUCAAGAAAAGAGAUUGGGGAAAGGGAAUGGCAUGUGUGGGUCGAACAAAAGUCUGUACUAUUGUCCCACUUAAUCAUAAAGGUCCCAUUCCUGGUAUAGAAGUGGGCACCACUUGGAAGUAUAGAUUUCAAGUGUCUGAAGCUGGUGUUCAUAGACCUCACGUGGCUGGCAUACAUGGCCGUUCUGACAUGUGUGCCUUCUCUAUUGUCUUAUCAGGAGGAUACGAAGAUGACGUAGACAAUGGAGAAGAAUUUUUUUAUACUGGAUCUGGGGGCAGGGAUUUGUCUGGCAACAAGAGGACAGCAAAACAAAGUUCUGACCAGCAAUUGACCCUUAUGAAUAAAGCUUUAGCUUUAAACUGCAAAGCUACACUCAAUCCAAAUGGGGCUGAAGCUACAGACUGGAAACAAGGUAUACCAAUUCGAGUUGUCAGAAAUUUUAAACUGGCAAAACACAGCCACUAUGCUCCUAAUGAUGGAAACCGAUAUGACGGCAUUUAUAAAGUAGUCAAGUACUGGCAAGGAAAAGGACAGAGUGGAUUUAAAGUGUGGCGCUACUUGUUAAGAAGAGAUGACCCGGUACCGGCUCCAUGGACAAAAGAGGGCAUAGCCAGAAUAAAAGAAUUGAAUCUAAAAAUUAUAUAUCCUGAGGGUUAUCAAGAAGCUCUAAAAAAAAAAAAUAAAGAAAAUGGAGCGAAAAAUAAUCAGAAAAAUGAGACAAAAAAACGCAAAUUAGACUUGAUAACUGAUACAAUCGAUUCUCCAGCGAAAAAACAGAAAAAUGGCUACAAAUUGAACAAUAAACUUUUGGAAUUAAUAGAAACAGAUUCGGCUAAUGCUAAAUUGUGGAGCCAAUGUAGGGAGUAUGUUGCUGAUGGGAAGCAAGCAUUUUAUGAAAAAGUUGCUGCAGAAUUUAUUUGUAUUAUUUGCCAAGAUUUAGUACACAAGCCUAUCACGACACCAUGUGCACACAAUAUAUGCAGUGCUUGCUUAAAAAGAAGUUUUGAAGUUAAUAGUUAUACUUGUCCAAUGUGUCGCUCUGCAUUAGAAAAAAAUUAUAAAAUAGAAAUUAAUGAAACUCUACAGUCUAUCCUGCUCUUUAUGUUUACAGAAUGUGAACCAAGAUAAUCAAUAUGUAUUUUCUAUUUAUUUUAUCUUAUAAAGUUCAAUAUUCUUUGUAAAUAUCAGUAUUAAGUAUUUAUUCUGAUUGUGUAUUUUUAAA